AUGGCGAGUACCUCUUCUUCAAGUAAGCCGGCGAUUGGUAUCCUCUCCAUUGGAGACAUGGGCGUCGGCGUGGCUCGCCUGCUCCGCCAUCACGAAUAUCCAGUCCUCACACAUACACUCGAUCGGAUCAAAUCUGCACAGAUCACCGCCCUGGAGACGGACGAAGACCUCGUUGCAGAAUCAGAUAUAAUUCUCAGCAUCGUACCUCCUCGCGAUGCAUUUGCUACUGGCCAGAGAGCGUAUGAAGCUUGUCGCUCUCAGACUGCCGCCAAACGCCGCCAGGAGAGGCCUAACGCUUCCCGAAACUUGACCUACAUCGACAUGAAUGCUAUCAGUCCCCGUACCACAAAAACUAUCGGGGCACUAUUCGGCCAAAUCGCGCCAUCGUCCACGGGUAAUCACGCAAUUGACGGCUCGUCCAUUUCCAAUGGAGGGGCCUCCCAGCAGCACAUCGGAGUCGAUUUCCUAGAUGGAGGUAUCAUUGGUGGACCACCAGCCCUCCGUGAAGAUAAAACAUGGAAACGUCCCUCAAUCGUGAUCUCUGGUUCCAGGCACUCUGAGAUCCUGUCGUCAGAGCUGAUCGAUAUACUGAACAUAAAACUCAUUGCCGACAUGAUCGGUUCUGCAUCAGCACUGAAGUCAUGCUUCGCCUCGCUGAAUAAAGGCAUGGUCGCAUUGAGUAUUUUGGCGUUCACGACCGCGCACUCAGCUGGGGUCCUGCCUUCUUUGCAAGAGCACCUGAAGGAAUUCAACCCAGGGGCACUAGCGGCGGCGCAACGUGGCUUAACGACCAUGCCGCCAAAGGCUUACCGCUGGGUCGACGAGAUGCGGGAGAUCAAUCAAACAUUCGUUGACGAAGGUGGUUUCGAUCCCAGUGUACUGCUCACUGACACAGAACACGCCGAGAGACAUGCAAAUGGUGUGUUUGAAGGCGUUGCAGAUAUCUACAAGCUUAUUGCCGACGAUACUGUUCUAGGAGAGGAGAAGACGGAGUACCGCAAGCGCGGUAGGGAUGUUGAAGAUGUGGUUCAAUGUGUAAGUGAAGGCAUUGCCGCAAAGAAGAGGAAGAUUGCUGGAGAGGAGUGGCGUGGCAAUUGGGUUUAG